GAUGAUAACAAAUAACAAAACCGGCGCUGAAAACAAAAUUUGAAAAUUUUUUUCUGGAUAAUUGCAAACACCAUAAUUUUUUCAGUUUUGGUGGGGUGUUUUAUGCACUUCGGUGAUGUGCUGAGUGGUUCAAAUCGAGUGUACAUUUUGAUUUUAAAAUGACAUGGCCACUUCCUAAGCGAAUUCGUUCAGAUACGCUUAGCGCUUCAUCUUCAGAAACGCCUAGUACGUCAUGUACUUCCAUGGUUAAACCUUAUCUCACGUUAAAAAUACUAGAAAAUCGCACCGACGGCAAGAUCAUUGAAUUGAGCGAUGCAGAAUCAGAAUCCUCACAUGAACCUUUGAAACCUGUGUCGAUCUUUGACAUCAAAGAUAUCAUCGACCAAGUAUACUUCCAAGAUAAUACCAUGGUAUUCGAAACGUUAUUAUCGCAUCAGCAUAUAGUUGUGAUUAUUUAUCCACCGGGCACUGGUAAAACCACCAUCGCCAUACUUCUAGAGGCAUUCUUAUGGAGUACGGAUUUACCGGAUAAAGUAAACAGAUUUUUUGAAAAUUGCGAGUUCGCUACUCAGUGUCCAGAUAAAUAUGAAAAAUUUCGCAAAUCGGCUAAUGUUGCGUACAUAAACUUCGAAGCCAUUGAAGGUCGCAACAAAGGUGAUUUUCAAAAAUCUCUUAUAGAGAUAAUGUUGAAUGCUUUUAAAAAGUACUUUAACGAAAAUGUUUUCGAAAAAGCACAAGUGUUAAUGAGUACUCAUGGCAGUGUAUAUGUUUCUCUACAGAAAUUCAUCAGGGAGCUAACGAUGAAAGAUAGAACAAAGACGAAGACAUACCUUCUCCUGGAUUCUUGCGACAAGGUUUAUGAUACGAUCGCUCAACUAGGUGCCGAAUCGUGGCAAAUAUGUAAACGAUUCACUCAAUUUCUAUCUACCUCAUAUUCGAAUACAUUUGCCGAUGACGUAGUGACGAUCUGCUUCGGCGUUUCGGGGUAUUUCGCCCCCCAGCUCAGUGGAAUGGCUUGUUUUUAUGACAUUGACGAAGAAAAGAGUAUAGUUGGAAAAUAUUUUUCCUAUUCUACGAAUACAAUCAACAAAGUGAUUGAAAAAUACGACUUGGAUGCUACUGAUACGUUGGAUAAAUGCUUAAAAGUGGCGAAAUUCAAGUUCAAUGGAAAUUCUUUCCUGAAUCCAGCCAUCUGCGUAAGCUUCCUUCGAAGUUUAUAUCUUAAAAGAAAUCACUUCCAUGUUAAUAUUGCUCCACGUCCCUUGUGGUUGAGUUGUAUAUUCACUCAGGAAGAUAAAGAUUCAUUAUCAGAAGUACUACGUGGACCGUGCGAAAAAGAAUUCUUGCUGUAUGUUCGUAUGUCGCAUAUAAUCGAGGAAAUGUAUAAUGAAAGAACUCCGGACGGAAAAUUGUUCUAUUCUAUGUUCAUUUUUGGUGGUUUUUUAUCCUGUGUACAAUGCGAAGACAAAGAAAGAUAUCAAAUAGAUGUGGCAAACGAGACUACAAGAUGUCUUCUAGAGAAGAGUUUACGUGAUGGUUUUGUCAACUAUGGCUAUGGAAUUCACAAAUUGAUGCUCGAAAAUAGAUGGACAGAGUUUUGCGAUGCAAUAAAAUGCACGCUUACCCCCGUGGCAAACUCAUACCACGAAGAGAAGUCUUAUAAGGAUCAUGUGUGUGGAGUUCUCAGUUUUGGCAUAAGAAGAUAAGGUUGUUGUCAAAAAUAAUGCACUGAUACUUAGCAGGAUUGAUUUCUGACCUGACUUCUAAACCCGCAUGCUCGUGACGUGUUUAAUCAGGAUUUUUUUAUUUAAAACCAUGUCAUGUCGUGUUAUGUGAAGCUAAGUAGGUCUACCGUACCAGUACCAGUUACAAAAUCACGAUGAUGAUGAAAAUCUGAAGUUGUCAUCAUGGACAGCUCAUUGCUCUAUGCUAUAGACACUGUACCUGUGCCCUCCGGGUAAGACACCGAACUGCAGGUAACGGGGAAAAGGGACGGUAGUAAAAUCUUGUGUCAUGCCAAUUUCUCCCGCUGGGUGAUUUUGGCUGCGCUGUACGUCAGUUUGCAGGCAACGGGGAAGAGGGAUGGUAGUGAUGCUCUUGGCUGCGCGCGCUGUACUUCGCAGUUCGCAUGGUACUUCGUUCAAGAAUUCGACACCAGCGCAGCCAAAAGCACCCAGCGGGAUAAAUUGGCAUGACACACGUAAUUCAGCCAAGAUGGCUGCCAGUUCGUUGUCUUCCCGCAGGUACAGUGUCUAUACUCUAUGCUCUUCCGGAUUUUUUGGUGUGAAUAAGGAAUUGAACGAUUUUGUUAGAAGAAGACAAUAUUGUUCAAGAAUAAUUAUAUUAUUCACAUGUACCAGUUUGAUUUUUUUUUUUUGUAGAAGUAUUUGUAUGUUUUUCAGAUUUUAAUAUUAAAGAUUGGUACAUUAAUUUUGAUUCAAUUCUAUCUAUUUUAAGUCCCUUUUAAACAAUACAAUGUGCAUCUGA